AUGCCAACACGUCUGGUAUCUGGUCUGGGAGAGAUUGAAGGCUUGGGAUUCUCACAGUAUCCUAACGUCGAGCAAUACCGCGGAAUUCCUUAUGGCAUCGUUCCUGCAAGAUUCAGGCAAGCCAAACUUGUAUCAAGCUGGCCAGAUGGCAAACUCAAGGCCACACAAUACGGACCUCUCUCUCCGUAUCCCAAAGCGAUCAUCGGCUUCUCUCUCGUUCAGAAACGCCUACCGGUUCAACAUGAAUACGCAAUGGAUGAAAUGAAAUGCCUAAAUUUGAACAUAACUUGUCCUACGGGAGAAGUUCCAGAGAGCGGCUAUCCAGUUGCUGUAUGGGUCCACGGAGGAGGGAAUGUUGCUGGUACUGGAGCAGAUCCAGGUUAUGACAUGAGUCGGUUAUGCGAUUUCUCUGUUAAGUCAGGAAGACCUACGGUAUUUGUCACUAUCAACUACCGUCUUGGAAUCUUUGGAUUCCUAGCCUCCGAUGCCCUCAAGGAGGAUAACAAGGCCGCCGGUGAUGAAGGAGUUGGCAACUACGGUGUCCGGGAUCAGAUUCUUGCCUUCGAAUGGGUUGCAAAGAACAUAAAGUCAUUCGGAGGGGAUCCUAGUCGGAUCACCGCCGUGGGCCAAAGUGCAGGUUCAAUCGAUAUCCACAUGAAUAUGGUUUCAGAUAUUUUCUCAUCUCGACUUCCUUUUCAUCAAGCUAUUCUUCAGUCGGGGGUCUGCCCGCUUACGGUUAGAGAUUUACACUACCAGAAUAACCGGUUCAACAAGAUCCUCGAAUUCUUUGGUAUAGACACAUCCUUGCCAUAUAAUAAACAAAUUGAGAUUCUCCGAGGGAUCGAUACUGACAAGUUACUUACUUCUUAUGCCGCGCUUGGGAGUCCAGUGCCAUCGUGGCAGGGAACCGUCGACGAAUACUAUCUCAAGAUAUUGCCAAAGUACUCUACCAUACAGAGUCAACAAUAUCACCCUAGCAUCAAGCGAGUGCUGUUAGGCGACGUUGGCCUUGAGGGUAGCAUUUUUGAAGGACAAAUCCGAAAAAUGGAGUGGACAUAUGCCAAAGUCCACGCACUAGCUGUCGACACUCUUGGUUCAGAUACGGCCUCUGAAGUUCUAGGAGCCUAUGGCAUAUCCGAUAAUGACUCAUCAGACCUGGUUUCCAGUCUCGUCCGCCUUGUUAGUGAUGCGGAAUGGUCUCAAGCUAUUGAAGGAUUUGCACAUGGAUUCUCCAACGGCCCGCUGUUCUACUACCACUUCGAAUUAGGCAACCCAUUUCCUGGCCCAAAUCACAGAAAAGCACACCACGGCGUUGAUCUCCUGUUUCCAUUUUUGACUUACCAAGAUCAUCUCCCCGAUGCGUUGAAAGGGCUGGCCUUGAAUAUGGCAAACCAUUGGCUAACUUUCAUACACGGUGGAGAUCCUUGGACUUCUUAUGACCGCACAUCAAGUGAAGAAGCAGUUGUUAUGCUUGUCAAUGAAGAUGGAAAGGAGGUAGAGAUCCGUGAAGUUGAAAAGUCUUCUUGGAAAACUUUGAGGCUCACGGAGACAUAUCAAGACAAGAUAUCAUACUUUGCGCUCAGGCUAAGAGGGGAAGAUAAGAAUACUUGA